AUGGGCCCGAAAAAUGAUCUUUUUACAAAAGAUGUCGAAUGCUCGAUGAUCGAAAUGGUGAAACAAUGUCCUUUACUAUGGGACACAACAAUGGAACAAUAUCGUCGAACUGAUCUUAAACGAGUACAUUGGGAUCGAAUAGCGCAAGCUCUAGGUCCCAAAUUUACAGGAGAUAUAGUUUACAAGCGGUUUCAAAAUAUGGAAAGUACUUUCCGUGCAAAUGAAAGAAGAAUAAGAGAAUCGCAAACUCGUUGUAGUGGGAAAGGAGCAGAUGAAAUUUAUAAACCAAAGUGGGAAUAUUACGAUAUGCUCUUAUUUUUAAAAAAAACCUGUACACAGAGCGACAGCAUUGAUAAUCUGUCUUUACAAAAUUAUUCCAAUCAGGAAACAGUGAAUCGUUCCUCUGUUCCUCAUACUUGUACUGAUGUGCAAAACACAUCAAUGGUUCCAAACAUUUAUUGUGAUGAAAACAUAGAGCAAUACAUGCUUAUUCCAUCCGAUGCAUGUACGAACAGUGAUAAAAUAUCACCCUCCAUGGAAUCAUACAGCUCAGAAGCCAGCUCAGAUCUAGUAUCAAUUGCGAUGACAUCUGCUAGUCAAUCACCUAUCUCAUCUACUAGUCAAGACAAAUUGGCAAUAAAUGAAACAUCAGAUCUUUCUUCUAGAACCGCAUUAGCUUCGUUAAAUACUAAACGCCCUCCUGAGAAUUCUUUAUAUGUUAAACAAGGAAGUUUAAAAAAAUCUAAAAUAAUGGAAGAUGCUGUAAAUGCCAUAAAAGAUAUGGCCCAAGAAAAUGUGUCUCCUCCAAAAAUGGAUACAUUUGAUAUGUUUGGUGCGUACAUUGCGUCUAGGCUUCGAUCAAUGACUCCUAGCAAUCGAGAAUAUUUUGAAAGAGAAAUUUUGAAAGUGCUAAGUCAACCAACAUUAUGA